UCUUCGUGCAGACGAAAACAUCUGUCGCAGUGACACAGAAUGGGGUCUUGGAACCAGGUGAAUUUACCUGUAUAACACGAUCAGGUAUAGAAACGCGGGUGUGUUGGUCGAAGACAUUUGUGUACUUUUACAUACACUGACCCGUCAAAACACUUUAUGAAGGAUAAGUGUUCAGACUCCCAUUUACAAGGAAUCACAAGAGGAAACAUUGAAGGGAUAAACGGUAGAGUUACCUGGUUAAACAUCACCGUGACAAACGGCGCUUUAGGCGCCUGUUUCAGCGACAGGCAAGGAUACAGUACCAUGGUAUAACACAACGAAUUAAACUGGAGAUCCAUGCUACAACCAGAAACAUAUAUUGAAGACCUUUGAAGAAUAUGAAGAGUUGCAUUAGAGGGUGACAUUCAAAGGAUAUCGACGUACAAAUUUACAAGUCCUUUGGCACCGAACUUUUUGAAGGACUAUCUACAAUAUUGAUAGAAAUUCAUUACAGGACUUUGUACGCCACAUCUACCUCAUCUAUCUACUAAAUAGGCCACAGUUCCUUUGAAUCAAGAAUGUUAUCAAUGUCUGUUUGUGAUGAGUGACUUUUGACAUCUAUCAUGUUGAAGUGUUUGGUCCAAGUUGUCGCAUCGGCUGCAAGUGUUGACAAGAUUUCCAGCAGGUGAAGCUGAUUGACCAAUACCUAACCCUAAGCUUCAGCCAUGGCACACUGCAUCUCUCAGGGAAACACCAGUAGACUCUAUGUUAUUUGUGUUAUAGUCAUCUCUACAAUAAUAGGAACAGUUGUUUCGAACAGCCCUCCUCAGCUGAGAAACUUUGGUGGUGUUAUUAUAUGGCCCGAAGAUACACCAAUAGAUACCGUUCUUGGCAACCUGACAGCGGUAGAUUUUGAUGGACCAGAAGAUCUGACGUUCAAAACGUCAACAGAUGAAACCAAGAAGCUGGUGUCCCUGAGUGCUCCACGGAAAGUUGAUGCCGACACAUGGAUUGUUGACAUUGUCCUUAAAGCUGCACUAGACAGAGAUUAUGAACCUAGUGAAAGAAAACUUUUUUUCUCAAUAGACGAUUCUACAAGUGAGGUACCGGCCCGAGUAUCAUUAUUUAUCAGGGAUGUGAAUGAUGUCAGGCCGCAGUUUAAAGAUAUGCCAUACAAAGCCACAAUAAACGAGAGUGAGGUUGCAGGGUCAGUAGUUUUCACUGGGGUCAGCGCCACUGACCCCGACAAUGGCAGGGGAGGAACCAUACAGUAUUCCAUGGAGACGGACGCCCAGGCUGCAGACGAGGACUACCGCACCACCUUCCAAAUUGACCAAUACUCUGGGGUCAUCAAAAUCAUCAGGCCACUGGAUUAUGAGAAGCAUAAUUUCUACCAGUUCAAAAUCAAGGCAGUUGAUGGCUAUGGGUUGGAAGGAGAGCCGGCAGAUUUUGUGGUGACUGUUCUGGAUGUCCAAGACACUCCACCGUACUUCAUCAAUCUGCCGUACAGCGCGGAGGUGGAUGAAAAUGUCACAGUGGGAACAGCAGUGCAGCAAGUGUCUGGCUUAGAUGGAGACAGGGGAAUUCCUAACAACCUCACAUACAGUUUUGUUAGUGGUGACUAUCAGAACUUUGACCUUGAUCCCCACUCUGGAUGGGUGACUGUAAAACACCCUUUGGAUCGGGACUCCCAGAAUGUGAGGAACAGAGGGGGCGUGUAUGCCUUCUAUGUAGAGGCAGCAGAGCAGAUUCCACUCGGACAAGUGAACACCAACCAGACUACAGAGACUACCCUUGUCACCAUCACCGUGCGGGACAUCAACGACAACGACCCAGUGUUCAGCCAGCCCUCCUAUAAUGCCAGUAUCCUGGAAAACAUGCAGAAUGGGGUACCCAUCACAUUCCAGCAGGAAGUCAUGCGAGUUUCGGAUGCAGAUCAGGGAACCAACAGCCACUUUGAACUGCACAUACAGAAGGAUGGGCAGCCCUACGAGGACUUCUUGCCACUGCCCUCUGAGGUGUAUGCCGAGUCCACGGUCCUCAUCAGAGUCAACAACUCCCAGGAACUGGACUAUGAGAAGAACCACCAGCUGGUGUUUGAGGUGGUUGCCAAGGAGAUGGAUACAGAAGAAAGGCGAUCAAGCACUGCAACUGUUACAGUCAACAUUGAGGAUAUGAAUGACAAUGCUCCUGUGUUUGCCAAUGACACCUAUCUUGUGACGCUCAAGGAGAAUACUCCCAUUGAAACUAGUGUUGCACUUAUCAAUGCUACCGAUGAAGAUUCUGGCAUCUUUGGCACUGUGAGAUACACAAUCCGAGGAGGAAACAAUAAAUUUCGUAUUGGCCUUGAAUCAGGAGUCAUCUAUGUAUCUGGUGACCUUGACCGUGAGACAACAGAUGAAUAUUACCUGACUGCAGAGGCCAAAGAUGGUGGUGGCCUGAGAACACCAGUGGAGGUGAAGGUUGUCAUUGAGGAUGUCAAUGACAAUGCUCCAAUGUUCCGGCGUCAAGCAUAUGAGGGCACUGUGAGAGAACGUGAUGUAGACUUCCUCAGGCCGUUGAUGGUGGAGGCUCUGGAUGACGAUGAAGCCUUCACCAACAACAGUGAGGUCCGGUACAGAAUUGAUAGUGUUACCCCUGGACUUGAGAGUAACUUCAGCAUUGAUCCAGUCACUGGCAGGAUCUGGGUGCAAGAUCCUCUGGACUAUGAAAAACUUGACCCUACAUUGAAGGGCAAGGUCACCAUGCAGGUCAUGGCCUAUGACCUUGGGGAGCCACAGAAGACAAGCCUAGUUCAAGUUGAUAUCACAGUGGAGGAUGUGAAUGACAAUGCUCCCAUCUUUGAAGAGGACCUCUACACUGUUAGUGUGCCAGAGAAUUCAACUCAAGGUUCAGUCCUAUUAAAUGUAACUGCAACUGAUCUUGAUAUUGGGAGUCCCAACAACGAAUUCAUCUAUAGAAUUGAAAGUGGUGCUAUGGAUAAAUUUCGAAUCGAUUUCGAGACUGGUAGUGUAUUUGUAGAAACAGGUGCCAAGCUAGAUCGAGAGGACAAAAAUGUUUACAUAAUGAAUGUGUCAGCCAUUGACAAAGGCACCCCACCUCAGACCGGCAGGUGUGUUGUCAUCAUUCACCUGACGGAUGUUAAUGAUAAAUUACCUGUAUUUACACCUGAGAGCCAAUCAAAAACAGUGAUGGAGAAUCUGGGUAUAGGAACAACUGUACUGACAUAUAACGCUACAGAUGCUGAUUUGAACAGUGAACUUGAAUACAGUGUGUUGAAGUCACUGACAAAGGCCUACAACGACCGCAAUGAUGAAGUGGAUGUAGUGGCUAGCAACAUAACAGAGUAUUUUGAUGUGUAUCCCAACAAUGGCACAGUGUAUGUGGCCUCCCAACUGGACAGAGAGACCGCUGAGAGGGUUGUCAUCAAGGUCCUAGUGCGAGACAUCAAUGCAUGGGAACCAGUGGAUCAGACUGCCACAGCAACCUUGACAGUGACGUUGGAGGACUACAAUGACAAUGCCCCACUCUUCCUCCCGACCCCGAUGUACAGCGCCAACAUCUCCGAGGGCCAGGAUGUUGACAGCGAGGCUCUACGGGUGGAAACGGUCGACCCAGACAAGAACCAGCAGGUCACAUACACCAUCAAUGACAGAUUUGAGGCCUUCAAGAUUGAUCCUAGGACAGGUAUCAUCCGUCUGAAGCGAAAGCUGGACAGAGAGGCAAGAUCAUCACUGCAGUUCACUGUCAUCGCCACAGACAAUGGUGUUCCUGCUCAGAGCUCAUCAGCGGUGGUGUUUGUGACAGUGUUGGACACGAAUGACAACUCUCCGGUCUUCCUGCCUCAUAACCGCACUGCCCGUGUCUCGGAGGAUGCAAAUGUUGGACACGUAGUGGUCACCCUUGGUGCCAUAGACAGCGAUAUCGGAAACUUCGGAAAAGUCUUUUAUUUGCUUGAUGGGGUCAACAAUGACGGAACAUUUGUCAUUAAUGAGAGCAAUGGUGAGAUAACUGUAGACAAACCUCUUGACAGAGAAUCCCAAGAUGAGUAUACCCUGGUUGUGGUUGCCAGGGACAACCAGAAGGAACCUCAAGACCAGAGAUCAAAUAGAACAUCAAUACUCAUCCAAAUCGAGGACGUCAAUGAUAAUGCUCCACAAUUUGCUGUCAUUGGUUCUCAAAGUAUCCCAGAGUCGUCUCCCCUAGGUAGCAGUGUGUACCAGAUUGUUGCCACCGACAAUGAUGCUGGCGACAAUGGAACUGUUGUGUACAGUCUUGAAGGUGAUUCUAAUGCUACCAACAACAGGAACCAGGCGUUGUUUGGCAUCAACGCCGUGACAGGUAUCAUCUCCGUCCAGGCUGACCUUCACAACACAGUGGGAGUGAGGUAUGUCACAGUGAGGGCCAAGGAUAUGGGGUCGCCGCAACUCUCCAACUCCACAACGCUCUUCCUCCAAGUUCUGGAUGUCAAUGAUGAUGCUCCCCGAUUUGUGGUUCCUGAUCCAGACAAUCCUGUGGUUGUUAUUAAAGAGGAUCAGCCAGUUGGAACACACAUCAUUACGCUGCAAGCACAGGAUGACGACUUUGGCCGUAACGGGGAAGUUGUGUAUACACUGGUGGAGACUGAGUCGCGCCUGGACUGGCAGAAGUUCCAUGUGGACAGCCUCACAGGCAACCUCACCAACAGGGAGGUGCUGGACCGGGAAACACAUGAAAGCUAUGAGCUGCUGGUCCGAGCCACCGAUCGGGGUGUUCCCAGGAACUACUCUACGGACCUCACUCUCACUGUGCGUGUCAAGGACGUGAAUGACGAGAAGCCCAAGUUUGACCGAACUCUUUACCCCACACCCUACCCUGUUGCAGUGGCGGAGGAGAGUGACAGCGCUUGUGCUGGAAAUAUCAGCAUUGCGAAGGACAACGACAUCAACUUCAACUUUACCAUAAUCUGUUACUAUAUUUAUGCUGAAGAAAUCCCAGGAGCGUUCACCCUAAACAAGACAGGUGAGCUGUGCCUGAAGAAGAAACUGGAUAGAGAACAGUUAAAAUCAACCCACCUCAUCAUCCAAGCUUCUCCCUUCUGUUACGAGGACAUCAAACCCAAGACAUUUGUGCGGCCAGCGCCUGGUGAACAGCCUCAGGGCUAUGACAGCAGUGACCUGACACUGCUGUGGGUGAACGUGACCAUCAAAGAUAUCAAUGACAACCCGCCACAGUUUAACAGGAAGGACUUGGUGCUUGGUGUUACGAGGAGCACUCAGUUCGGACAGAUUAUAUUUGAGUUGAAGACUGAGGUGACUGACAAAGACUCUCGUACAUGGGGAGUGAACAAAUUCGACCUUUCGGGCAACAUCGGCAUUGAACCUGAGGCGCUUCGUAAUGAGCUGGCUGAGAUGGGAGUAGACAAACCAUUCCUUGUCUUUCCAAAUGGUUCCCUGAAGACAAACACAUACUUCAAGCCAACCAUGUUUGGUUCCUUCUUGCUCAAUCUUGCAGUUUAUGAUAAGGGAGGCCUCAAUGAUUCAGCUCAGCUCAAGAUAUCUCUCAUCAAUGAUGACCAAAGACUGAAGGUUGUAUUUAGGAGGAGGCUGGAAGACGUCAGCUCAGUCAAGGAUUUCUUUACAGAGCGGUUACGGAAUAUCACAGGUUACAGGAUCGUAGUAGACAAGAUCUCCACGCAUGAAAAUGAUCAAGGAAAACCAGAGAUAGAAAAGACUGACAUGUUGAUACAUGGAGAAGACCCCAAAACUGAUAAAGUCAUACCUGCUGAGGAUCUUCUAAAGUCCAUAGAUUUCAAUGCAGAGCAUAUGAUAGGCAUUCUGAACGAUUACAAUAUUGAGAGAAUAGUGCCAACAAGUUCCACAACACCACAAAACUCCUCAGAGAAAGAGCUGAAGAUGGCCCUUAUCCUGGUGUCCGUUAUCCUUGGCAUGUUGCUGGUGGUCGUCAUUGUCACAUUCUACAUGAGUCGGAGGAAGUACCAAAGAAAGUUGAAAGCUGCAACAGCCAUGGCUUAUGUCACUCAUAAUGGAGCUGGUUCCCAGGACUCGGACCUGUACAAGCUGGAGAUGCCAGGCACCAACAUCCACUCUUACGAGAAUGCCAACCCCAUCUACCUGGAGAAGAUCCUGCUGGACCAGGUGGAUGAUGACGGGCAAAACUCCCUGGAUGAAAAUGCAGUGGAUCCUGGACAACCCUUUGAUGAGCAGGAGGUUUCUAUGAAUAUCUUCCCUGAGGAUAAAGAUUUCACUAACAGUCUUUCUUCUACUGACCUCUAUCUUAAAGCAGCUCUCAAUGAACACGAAACUUCCAGAAACCUUAAAAAUCAUGACAUUUCCAAGAAGUUUCAACACACAAAUGGGAAACUCAAGAUUACCAAUGGACAUGCUCAUAAAGACAACGAUGUCAUUACUACGAGAAAUGUUGAUGGUUUGCAGACAACAGAAAUCUAGAGAUAUUAAUGUAUCAUUUAUGAUAACAUAUAUCAGAGGUGCUGAAUCUUUAACAGUUAAUCUAUGUGAUGACAGUUUUUAUCUUAACUAUAGCUGUACAUACUAGCUCAACACAAGCCAUCAAUGAUGAUUUGGUUUCUAUGGUUACUGCCAUAAAAGCCAACUCAGUAUUUUUAUAUCCAUGUGAUGAACACUUUAAUUAAUUAUGUGAUGUUUUUAAGUUAUUAUGAAAGUAUGCCUCUAACUGCAACACAUUUCAAGUGAGUCUUGACGUUGUCACCAUAUGGAUGUUGAUGAUUGUUGUUGUGCUCCAACAGUGCUUUCAAGAAACUGGACAUGAGUGUGUUCAACUUUAAGAAUGAAGUUGAGACAAGAGUUUGAAAUGACAUUGGUAUUGUGCUUCAUUAAUGCAACUGAUGCUGUAUUUAUGCAACUGGUGGUGUCCCAGGUCUAACUUGUCCAGCUUCAGAACACUGAAAUUGGUAUAUGUUAUUGUGUCAGAACACAUGCAUCAUUUCAGACUUGUAUCAGGAAUACUUUAUGGGACAUAGUACCUGCCACAAUUGUGUGAAAGUGGCAGUCAGUCACUUCUCAACAUAAACCAUGGACAUUGAGUGGUUUAGAAGUGGUAUGAGAAACAUUCAGCAGAAUGAAAAUCAGUGGUAUGUGGAGAAGACUGAAGACCAUAUGAACACAGAAUUGGUUAAUGACAUCAUACUGUCAUAUCCUGUGCAUUGUUGUGACAGAAUAUUUGUGCUGUACAGGAUGUGGUGUAACGUGGAUGCCAGGCCACUGUCACUAUGUGAAUCUGUCGCUGGAGACCCAACCAUAGGUUUCACCAGGCCUGGAAUCCUUGCAGGCCUGGAAUCCUUGCCCAUGUGGAUCAAGCAGACACUGAAGUGAUAACAGUGUAACAGAUGUAACAAUGAUGUGGAGUUGUGAUGGGACAUGUUACCAUUGAUUAACUAGUCAACCACUUCAGCAUGUGAUGUGCCCUGACCUGGUCCAGAUGCCCAUGAUACAUUAACACUGGUAGAGAUGUUGAAGUAUCAAGGGAGAGGAAGAUGCCACGCUGCCUCCAGACAAUCACAGAGCAUGCAUCCAGAUUGCCCUCCAGGUUGUGAGAUGAUGAACAAUGGCAUAUGCUGCUUGGGCUGGGAAAUAGGAACUUAGAGGAUGACAGUGUGAUAAGGUACCCGGACAGUUGGAGUGGGAGAAAUGUAUAUGCUACAUCAUGGGGAUGGACAGGAUGAGUACAUUUGAAUCUGACAGUUGUGCUGCAUCCAGGUGUUGAAUAGGAUAUGACGAUGAACAUGUGAAAAUAGAAUAUGAUGCAUCAAUGUUUUAUACAAAAAGGGUUUGUAUGAAUAUAAGAAAUGUGAUAGCUUGUUCAUAGCAUCGCUUUAAUGUUAUAUAAGACAUGCAAAUGUACUCAGGAAUGAUGCAUGCUUUCAGUGAAACUAUUACUCAGUCUUUGUAAUCAGCCUUUAUCUGAACCACAGUGUGUUUGGUGAGUGUUUUGUUCAUUUCUAUUCCUUUGUCUUGUCAGUUAAGUUUGUAGCUUGAUAAUGUUUUGUACUUUCAAAGUGGAAAAUGUUAGAUAUUGUGUGGUUCUGAAGUGUAUUUAUGCAGACAUUGUGUUUAUGCAUUGUCUUAUAAGAACAAACAAAAUCAAAACCAAGGAAUGUUAUCACGUUGAGUCUCCAUUAACAAUGACUUGCCACAUAUUUUCAUAUUUGUCUUAAUAAUAAAACUUAAUCUUGUUGAUUUCUGCAAUAUGUAUGUUCUUGUAUAUAAUAUGACCACGUUGUUACAUAUUUUUGACACACUAAGUUCUAUAUAUUUUAUAUGCAGAUAUAGUAUAGAUAAAAAUAUUAUAAAAAUCAAAUUUGUUAUUGUGUUAAGAAUAUGUAUAACUCUUUGAGCAUUGUGAAAUUUCAGUUGCACAGAUACAAAUUAAUUCACUGAACACAUGUACUUAUUGGUAACUAAUAGUAAAUGUAGAUACUGAGAUGUAUUGUUUUGUAUACAUGUGUAUAUACAGUAAUGGAGAGGAGCAGCCAGUAUCGAGACCAUGUGAUAUCAAACGAAAUCCACCUCGCUUGCAUGUGUAGUCAGGUCUUAAUUCAGUACUUUCAGAAUCAUUAUUUUUUACACAAGACUUUCCAUUUUUCAUACAUAACGCUUUGGAUUUAUGGGAUUUUAAUAAUUAAUUCUCAAAAUUAUGUUUUCUUGACUGGGAUGUUGAUCAUCAUUUAAAAAUAGAAAAUCAAUUCUUCGUCUGAUGUUAUGGUUUUAGUUCAUUCAUUUGAAUUUUUUAGAAAAAAAACCACUUGUUUUCUUACAUAACGCUUUGGAUUUAUGGGAUUUUAAUAAUUAAUUCUCAAAAUUAUGUUUUCUUGACUGGGAUGUUGAUCAUCAUUUAAAAAUAGAAAAUUAAUUCUUCGUCUGAUGUUAUGGUUUUAGUUCAUUCAUUUGAAUUUUUUAGAAAAAAAGAACUUGUUUGGUUUUCUUAUAAUAAUUUUACUCGUGAAUAUUUAAAUUGAUAUAUUUUAUUUGUUUUUAUUUCUCUCAUGUCCUAAAGGGCUUUAAUUAGACUUUGCCUGUACAUACAUGUAGUAGGGUUCCAUGUUAGUAAUCAUGAAUCAUUGUACAUAACCAUUUGUAUUAAACCAAGCCGGACUUGGUUGUUGAUGUAUCACUCUGAGUGUACCAUCCUGUGCAUAUUGUGUGGAGAGGGAAAUGAUCAGCUGCUUGCAAGCCUCACUGAAGACAUAAGACUUGGUGUUUUCAUAGUAAUAUGUAUCAGACAUACAUGUGAUGCUUGAGAUGUGAGACUCACUGUUAAGCACACAGUACCCUGUAUGUGCUUACCUUGCCCACCUCCUUCAUGAUCAAAAUGCAUUAGGCAAGUGACUUUGUUUGAAAUGUGCCUCUGUUCACCCAGCAGUGAGUGGGUACCCGGUAGGAUGCGAUGGUAAUGUGACUGUUAACCUUCAUGCGCCUCACAGGCACCUGGGGUUGUAUACUCCCCAGGGAGCUGAGAAUGAAAAUCGAGUGCUCACUGAUCCAUUGACCAGGGUAAUAAUAGUGUAGCGCUAUCAGCAUCCACUUGGUGAAUGAAUCUGGCACAAUAUAAAUGCAAUUAUUAUUAUAAUUAUUACUUGCUGAGGAAUGUGAAUGCAAAUUGCUACUGUUGGAGGACAGUUGACUGGAUAUUUAAAAAUGUACUCUGUAUGUUAUGAAUCUAGUAAAUCCUGAUCAUGAUGAUAAACAAUUAUUCUCAGAUGGCUGCAAUAAUCAGUGGAAUCAGGUUGGUAUCAGUCAGCAUUUUAACGUCCCUAUGUACUUGCCUCAAUGUAUACAGGUAAUCAAUUAAGUUAAAUCCUGUGAUAUUUCUGGGAAGUGUUUAUUUAUUUCCAUUGUAUUGUGUUUCUUGCCAUUGAAGCUACAACUUCCUAGUCCACCAGUAUGUAACCUAAGGUAUUCCUCCCUAGUCUGCCGCCAUUGUCUCAGUAAAGAGCCAGAUCUAUGCAUCUACUGUAUAUGAUUACAUAAAUCUCAUAGCUUAUCCAUGUUCAGUUUGUGUGCAAAGCAUUAAGAAAACUAAGUAUGAUAGCUUCAUAUACCUGAAUAGGCUUGAUGACUGGAGCUACUACCUGUGUGACGACUAGCAUUAAUCACAGCAUGAUAAAGAACAGAGAGAUACUGGAACUAAGUUAUUUAGUUUUGGUGAGGGGGUGUUAACCAUUGAUUUACAUUAUUAUCGUUAGAAUUUGUGUCAUGAGUUCCUAAUGUAAAAAUACAGGCCUAUGUCAAUGCGCACUAUUUGGUAUAAAGUUUGUCAACAUCUAAAGUACAUGUAAACAUAAAUAUUAAAUGUUGAUACCAGAAUUAUCAAUCUUGAUUGUCUGCCGAAACAGAAAUGCUUUGUAUGAAGACAGACAGCAGUUUGUUGGAAAUUAAGGCUUUUAGUUAGUAUUUCAACUUUGGAUUAAUCUCAUUUAACUGUUAAUGAUGGAUUUUUACAGAUUAUGAAUGUUAAUUUUACACUACUAUUUAUCUCAUGACUGACAGAAUGAAAAAAUAUUUCCUUUUAACCUAGAGUAUUGAAAUCACUGUUGCUUCUGUGUAUGGAGAAAGCACAGUUUCCUAAGAGAUUUGUUGUCCAUAUGUUGUUAUGGUAACUAUGCAUCAUCCAUUGUGAUUCACAUUGUUGAGAAUAAAUACUGUAAAAUAA